UCACGGCCCAUCAACGGGGUGUUUGACAACAAAGGCCCAUCAACGAGGCAUCCGGGUCCGCGCAUUGCACUAGCUCCCCCCAGGCUCUACCAGAACCGCCGCCGUUUCUGGAUCUCUCGACGGCGAGCAGCGACUCGUCCGGUCGUCCCUCAGCACUGUGCUUGGCGGACGCAGGACAAGACACAGGAUGAGGGCUGUGGUGCAGCGCGUCCUCUCGGCCAGUGUCGAGGUCGAGGGGCGAAUAGUGUCUGCGAUCGGCCCUGGACUCCUCGUUCUCGUCGGCGUCCACGAGGCGGACACGGACUCCGACGCCGACUACAUUUGUCGGAAGGUCCUGAACAUGAGGCUGUUUUCAAAUGACAAGACUGGAAAAGCAUGGGAUCAAAGUGUUAUGCAGCGUAACUUUGAAGUGCUAUUGGUCAGUCAGUUCACCUUAUACGGCAUCCUGAAGGGUAAUAAGCCAGAUUUUCACGUGGCUAUGUCACCUGCAAAAGCGAAACCAUUCUAUGCUUCUCUAGUUGAGAAAUUUCAAAGGUCAUACUCGGCUGAUUCAGUGAAAGAUGGUGUUUUUGGAGCGAUGAUGAAGGUUUCUUUGGUGAAUGAUGGCCCCGUGACAAUGCAAAUCGACUCACCCUCACUGCAAGGUGCUGCUCAGUCAAGCAAUGGUUAUGAUGAUUUGGUUGCGGAUGGUGAAGCAAGAGUAGCUAAAGAGACGUGUUAAAAUUCUGGGUCUCUUGCUGACCUAGGGUUUAGGGUUCUCCAUCACAUCUUUCUCAUUCAGAUUUUUUUGGUGCAGUUGGAUCUGAAAGCCCUCCUGCUGUGCACUUGGUAUGAACUUUGCGUCUAUCUGGUAGGCUGGUCACAAAGAAAAUAUCAGAAUUGAAGUUGGUAUUAGUCAUGUGAUUUGCCGUUAAUUUUUUUUAAACAGUUCUAGCGCUUUGUCAUUGCCAGUCAGUUACAGCACUGCUUCAGUCUGCGGAGGCAUAGCCUUUUGCGCAAAUGACAGAACCAGACACAUUCUCUAGACUAUAUUUGUCAUCUUAUUCAUUUUUCUACUGCGGAUAAUACUCUUAUCAAUAUGGGAGCUACACAUGAGCUUGUGGCUUCUCAACAAUGUAGUAUCUAGGGUCUUAUUACUGAAUUAGCAAUCUUCAGUACAUC